UGUGAGACCGCAACGGCCUGAAAAUCAGCUGUUUGGUGGAAUAAUGUUGUUACUUCAGGCGGCUUGCCGUCGACCUCAAAUACUUGCAGUCUGCACUAAAUAUGGAAAUUUGCGGGCAAGCACAACAAUUGUCAACUGGCAGGAACGUCGUCAGGCAUCGACAGAAGUGGCAGCAGCAACACACUUAGCCAAUACCGGUGGCCUGAUUGGCUAUUGGCAAACGCUGUCGAACAGCACACCUGUGGCCUAUAUGCAGGAGGCGCUGACACAGAUCCACGACUAUAGCGGCCUGCCAUGGUGGGCGUCCAUAGUGCUGUCAACGUUUCUGUUUCGCAGCGUUGUCACGCUACCCUUGACCAUUUAUCAGCACAAGAUAACGGCGCGCAUUGAAAAAAUCGCAUUGGAGAUGCCGGCCAUAGUGGAGGAGCUGAAGCGGGAGGCGGCAAUGGCCAAGCAAAAGUUCAAAUGGAGCGACAAGCAAACGGCAGUCGUCUACAGACGUUCGAUCAAGAAACAGUGGCAGAAUCUGAUUGUGCGCGACAAUUGCCAUCCAAUGAAAACGGUCAUUGUGCUGUGGGGCCAAAUUCCCUUGUGGAUAUUCCAAUCCGUUGCGUUGCGCAAUCUGGUCUACUUACUGCCGGAUCCCACAUCGUUGCAGGCACAAAUUAUUGCCACCGAAAUGACUGUUGGCGGCUUUGGCUGGAUACCAAAUCUAACUGUUGUGGACAGCUCAUAUAUAUUGCCGGUGGCAAUGGGUCUGAUCAAUCUGGCAAUCGUUGAGGUACAAUCCAUGACGCGGACACGUCCAGCAACGCGUCUACAGAAUAUUGCCAACAAUGUGUUCAGAGGACUGAGUGUUCUCAUGGUGCCUGUGGCCUGCACGGUGCCAUCGGCGUUGGUCGUCUAUUGGGUGUCUUCCAGCAGCUUUGGCUUAGCACAGAAUCUGCUGCUGUUGUCGCCGGAAGUACGACGUGCUGUGGGAAUACCCAAGACAGCGAGUGAACUCGAACAGCCCUACGAUCAGCUCUGGCUGAAGAUACAGAAGCGUGCGCGUCUUCUGGAUGAGGCGCCGGCUGAUAAGCCAGCCGCCAAGUGAGCUACUUUUGUGUAGUGUGGUAGUUGUUGUUAUUUAUAAGUCUAGUCUUAAGUUUGUUAUGCCUAAAAGGGGAGACUGUCCCCUUGUAAAUUAAAUUUGUCAAGACGACGACUCAUCGUUCUUGAGAAGUUCCCCCGCAUACACACACAGCAUAAU